AUUUACUCAUUUCAUCAUCUCACCUUCUCCCCAUAAACCCUAAAACCCCAUUUCUUCUAAUUCCAUCCACCUCCAUGAUUGAUCCAACAUUCACCACCGUCUGCGGCCAGUGCGGCAUCGAGGACCGCAAAUUCCUCCACCACGUCCGCCACCGCGGCACUUUCCGGCGACUCUGCACCACCUGCGUCCUCCGUCUCCACCCGCAGUGCUUCUGCCCUAACUGCCUCGGCGUCUACGACCGUUCUCCACCAAUCGACGCUGUCGUCUGCUACAAAUGCUACUCAUCCUCCCACCCUACCUGCGUUUCACCACCGAUCUCCACAACUAUGACGUCAACAAUGUCAACAAUGACGUCAUCUCGGUGUUCGAGUCCGUGUGCCUCGUGUGUAAACCCUAAUUUGCUUGUUUUGAAUUUGAAUAGGGUAGAGAGUAGGAAUAAUGGAGGUAGGGUGGUGGAUAGGAUUGAUUUGAAUGCUGCUAGGUUGUUGUUGGCGGCUGGGAAGAUUGCGGCGAUGUCGAUGAAUAAGGCAGAGGUUGCGGCUGCGAAUGAGGCGGAGAGGAGAGCGAAGGAGGCCGCGUAUACGAGGAAGAGAGCACGAGAGGCGCUUGAUCAUGUUGUGAGGUUGAUGGUGAAGGAGAAGAGUGAUCAGAAGGUUAAUAAUGUUAUUGCGGGUGUUAGUCCAGGUGUUGGUGUGGUGGAUGUGAGUAAUGUGGAUGUUUCGGGUGAGGUGGUGGAGGCGAUGAAUGCGGUUGAGUUGGAGGAUGGGAAAGAAGGGGUUAACGUCGGAAUUGUUGUGUCGGAAGCGCAGGGGAGUGCGGUGGUGAUGGAGGUUGAUGUUGUUGAUGGUAAAGAUUCGGGAGGAGGUGAAAAUGGUUGUGUGAAGGAUGAUGAAUUGGUGAAGGUUGUCGAAAACGGUCAGGAACAACAUUGAUGCUGGUAUUUGGAGUUGGGAAUCAAGGCUGUGUUUUGUCUGGUUGAUUGCAGGUUACCGUGAUGGUUUGUGAGAUUCGGUUAUGAGUUAUGAUGUAUGGCAAGAAUGGACUGGUUUGGUAAAAGAUUAUUCUUUUUGAAAGUUUUUAUCAUGAUCAUAGUUUGUGAAAGCUUAAUGUAUAUUAGUAAUCAGUGUAUGAAACUAUGAAAUAUGAAUGGUAGAUUCUCUUUUGGAAUGAUUUUAUGCCUUCAUUGUAGUUGUACAUUUGUUAUCAGUGAGUUCAUUGUUCCUAUCAAAUCGUGCAAUUAAU